AUGUCCAAGAAGAUUGCCACAGUUAUUGGUGCCACGGGCAACCAAGGAAGCGCCUUUAUUUCUGUGCUGCUGCAAAAAGCCGAAUAUCACAUUCGCGGUGUAACUCGGAAUCCGGACAGCGAUGCCUCCAAUGCCCUCAAGGAAAAUGGUAUCGAGAUGGUACGCGGUGAUCUCACCGAUGAAGCAUCAUUGAAAUCUGCCUUUGAAGGUUCUCAUCUCAUCUUCGGUGUUACCGAUUUUGUCCCUGGAUACGUCGAGCACGGAGGCAGAAAAGGACAGGAAAUUGAGGCCAACUAUGGCCUCAACAUUGCCCGUGCUGCUCAGGCAACUACUGCGCUCGAACACUUCAUCUGGAGCACUCUUCCCGGAAUCCACAACGCCACCGGCGGAAAGUUUUCAUGUCCUAACUUCGAUGGAAAGAACCAAGUCAGCGAGUAUAUCCGCGCUGAUGCGGCCUUGCUGGCUAAGACAACCUUCCUGAUGAUUGGGUGGUACGAGACCAACUUCAAGUAUCCCGUCUUUACGCCGAUCUGGGUGGAGCUGGCCAAUAAAUACGUUGUCAUUGGUGACUACCCAGCCGAUGCCUCUCUUCCAUGCAUUGGAGACGUCAGAAAUAAUCUUGUUCCUUUCCUCGAGAGGAUCCUUGAACAGCCGGAAAAGGUGAAGAAUGGGAUUAUCGUUCUCGCUUAUAUCGAAAAUGUCGGGUUUGAGGAUCUUCUGAAACGGUGGGCCAGGGCGCAUGGGAAAGAGGCGGUUUACGUGAAGACAAGCCAUGAAACCAUCUCCCAGGCAUUGUGGCCUCGGUGGACGGAUUUGGCUGAGAUGGCUCGCUUCAUGGGGGAUUACAAGGGGAACAACUGGAUUUAUCACGAAGACGAAGUUCUUACCGCCAAGAAGCUGGGGAUUCCGCAGAGUGAUUUCGUUCCGCUCAGCGAGUCCCUCAAAUUGUUGAAGUUUGAUUAG